AUGGCCGCGUCGUCAUCCGCCAUCGACUUCCCUCCCUCCCAGACGGCUGUCCGGGUCCGGCUGGUCGACACCACAGCCGUCAUGACGGUACGGGCCCAGUCGUUCGUCAAGCCCGUCCAGCCGGGCCACGAGCUGCUCAACCUGACGUGCGCGGCGUUCCUGAUCGACCACGAACCCUCUGGGAAGAGGGUCAUGUUCGAUCUGGGCGUGCGCAAGGACUUUUGGAACUACGCCGCCGUGCUGCAGAAGCGCAUCGGUUCUAUCAUUCCGAGUCUGCGCGUCGACAGGGAUGUCCCGGAGAUCUUGGCCGAGAAGGGCGUCGCGCUGGACUCUAUCUCAUCUGUCGUCUGGUCACACUAUCAUUGGGACCAUAUCGGCGACAUGUCUCUCUUCCCAUCUUCCACCGAGGUGGUUGUUGGACCGGGCUUCAAGUCUUCGCCGCUGCUGCUUCCCGGUUAUCCCAACAAGCAGGACUCGCCCGUGCGGUCGUCCGACUUUCAAGGGCGCGAGCUGCGGGAGAUUGACUUUGCGAAGUCAGGGCUCCAGAUCGGCGGCUACGGGGCGUUUGAUUUCUUUGGCGAUGGUUCCUUUUAUUUGCUAGGUGCGUUGGGUUUUAUUUCUCUCCUUACCAUCUGCCGCUUAGAUGUGGGCGAGCCUAUUCUGGAGCUGACUGCCACCACAGACACGCCAGGCCACUGUGUGGGCCACAUGUGCGGCCUGGCACGGACGACCGCUGGCACCGAUAGCACGUUCCUGCUGCUCGGCGGCGACAUAUGCCAUUUUGCCGGGGAUCUCAGACCAAACCCGACACAUCCAAUCCCGGACCCAGUCCCGGCCACUGUGCUCGACCGCGAGUUAAGGGAACAGUACCCUUCGCCAUGUCCCUGCAGUCUCUUUACAGAUCACCACCCGGCCAUCUCCCAGGGGCUCGAGAGUGGCGACCCAAGACAAACGCCGUGGUACAAAGUGUCCACGCACCCGUCUUCCGCCUACGUCGAUCCGCGGACGUCACAAGAGUCGGUGGACAAGCUGAUCAGCUUUGAACAGUCGCCUGCAGUCAUGAUCUGCCUUUCUCACGACCAGGCGCUGCUCACGUUCCUGCCCACGCUAAACAAAGACCCCGGAGCCGAUUUGAACGAGUGGAAAAGUAAAGGGUGGAAGGAGAAAUGUCGCUGGGACUGGCUGAACGAGUUACCGCGCGGGAAUGGCAGAUAUGGGAGGAGGCCAAUUGUGGAGGGCUUCUGGCGCGAUGGGAAGCCGUGGGAUAGAUCAAAUAUGACGGGGGAGGAGUGA